UAAAAGAGUUGUUUCAUUGAGUGACAUAUCACUGGUUAUGUUACUGUUAUGAGAAAAUAUAUUUUAUUACACUUUCAAUUCAAGCCAUUCAUAAAUCUCAAGACAUUUAAAAUGACUGAUUCAUCGGUGGACUUAAGUGCAAUGCGAAAGCCUUACAGCACUGAACGGGAGGUACUUCUGGAGGAUAAUCUGGAGUCGAAGAAUCCGUUCAAACUGUUCCAUCACUGGUUCGAAGGCAUCAAGAAUUGUGGCAAAGUUUAUGAACCAAACGCUGUCUGUUUGGCCACAAGUGAUGUGUAAACUAUGAAACACUUAUCUUUUUAUUAUAACUUAUAUUAUAUUGGUUAUCAAAAUCUCGACAAUUAUAUCAUGUGUUGUAUAACUCAUACAUCUCUUAGAAACGGUCGGCCGUCCGCUCGUAUGGUUCUGUUGAAGGCUUAUGGGAGGGAAGGCUUCACUAUAUUUACAAACUAUGAGAGUCGGAAGGGACAGGAAAUGAUUGAAAACCCAAAGGCAUCACUACUUUUCUAUUGGGAUGUCUUUAACAGACAGGUGCGCAUUGAGGGCCGGGUAGAGAAGGUGUCCGAAGCCGAAUCGGUUGAGUACUUCGGGUGUAGGCCUCGCGGGAGUCAGUUGUCGGCGCGAAUCAGUCAACAGAGUCGACCCGUUGAAAGUCGCGAUACACUCGUUGAGCGAUACAAACAGGAAGAGCGAACAUUUCCAAAAGAUGUGCCAAAACCUCACUUUUGGGGCGGUUUCAGAAUAAUUCCCGACGUUUUCGAGUUCUGGUGCGGACAGACAGACAGACUACACGAUAGGAUCAGAUUCUUUAGGCCAGAAUCGAGUGAUAGAGUAGACGGAAAGGUGUCUAAAAUGGGCGAAGAGGGCUGGGCUUAUGAGAGACUUCAGCCAUAGUUGUCAACAUGUCAUUUACGGUGACAUCCAGGACAUUUAUGAAUGAAUUCAUUCCAAAUAUAUUAGCAAAU